UUAAAUGAUAAUAUUUGCAUUAAUAACACUGGUGUUGGGACAAAAUGAAACAUUAUUUAUUUAGCAUCCAUAAGAGUUAGCAAAUAAUGUUGGAUUGUAGACAAUAAAAUUUAAUAUUGCAAAUUUUGGUUUUGUGCCAUAUGGAUAAAGGAUUGCAGGAAUGCUUGAAGUGGCAUCUCCAUUUACUUUUUGUUAGCCAGAAUUUAAUAAUAGUAAUAAUUUAAGCAAUGACUAUUCUAAUGUAAAAGUACUAUUAGUCCAGAGAGGUGAUUGUACAUUUUUCAUAAAGGUAUAAAAUAUGAAAGUAGAAUUAGACAAUGAAUGCUUAAUCAUAUGGAUAUUAGAUGUUAGUGAUAGUUGAUAAUUAAGAUGAGGAAAUAACAGGUUUGAAUUUGGUAAGUUUAAAUGAGACAAAGGAGAUUGAUAUACCAGCAAUAAUGAUAUCUAAAAAGUAAGGUGAUUUAAUAAAAGAAUAUAUGGAUAGAAAUAUAAAUGAGAGAGUAUAUAUAGUAGUAAAAUUUCCAGAGAUGAUGAAAAGUGAGAAGGUGAGUUAUCAAUAUUGGUUUAGUGCAAUGGAUAGAUCUAGUUAUUAAUUUUUAGAAUAGUUUUAUCCAUUCCAUAUAGAAAUGAGAGAUUAAUUAGAAUUUACUCCACAUUAUGCAAUAGAUAGAUGUGGAAUAUGUAAAAAAGAAGAUUAUAAAAAACCUAAUUAAUAAUGUUUAUCUGGAGGUAGAUAUUGUGCAAGUGAUCCUGAUGCUGAUGGUCCAUUAACUGGUUAAGAUGCUGUAAGAGAAAUAGUGAAAUAAUUAUGUAUAUUCAAGUAAGAUUAAUUAAAAUGGUGGCAAUAUGCUGUAAAAUAUAGUAAUAGAUGUUUAACAAAUACUGAAAUAUUAAAAUGUGCAUCUGAAGUGAUGGAAUAAGUUAAUAUCGAUCAAAAAGAAGUUAAGAGUUGUUAUGAAAAGAGUUUUAAUAAUAAAAAUGAUGAACUUGAAGAUAAUGAAUUACUUAGUCAAUAAUAUUAAAUUAACCUUAACUUUUCUGCAUUUUCAUGGCCUAUUUUAUACAUUAAUGAUCUCAAAUAUAAAGGAGCAUUAACUGUUUCUACUUAUACUUAUAAUUAUGAAACUGGAGCAUAACAAUUAUUUGAUACAUCUCAUUUUGGACCACUCUAAACCAUCUGUCGUGGUUUUAAUGAAUAAUACCUUCCUAAAAUAUGUAAAUAAAGAAUGAUUGGUUAUAUAGAUGAUGGAAUCUGGGUAUUCUAUUAUUUUAUCUUAGAUUGAACAUUCUCUAAACUCAAGUACUUGGGUAACCUGGGUUAUUGUGCUCACUACUAUGAUACUCCUUAUGAUUUGUACUACCUUCCUAUAUAAAAGAAUGUAUAGAAAAGAAACUAAUGAUCAAAUUAAUUAAUAAGUCAAUAUUCAUUUAGCUUAAUAUUACGCUCUAAAUGAACAAGAGAAAAGUAUGAGAAAGUGA